ACAAACUGGCCACUUUGCUAGGGACUGCCCCGCUGGAGGUAGCUGAGGCACUCCCCAACAGCAGCAGCAUCAGGGCUCGUUUGCUAAUAACGCCAGGUACUGGCAGAAUAGGUGUGAGCUUGAAGAUGACGUGAAGACUAUGAAGGAAUGGAUGCAGAUGAAGCUGAGGAAGGAACAAGAGAAAAUGGAAAAGAAGCGGGAAGAAGAAGAAAAGGUGAGAAGAGAAGAGGAGCAGAGGAGGCUCUGGCAGGAGCAAGAACGCAGGCAGACAGAGCUGAGAAGACUCAACGAGGAGACUGAGCUACGAAUCAUCUCUACCGUAGCAAGGGAAAUGCAUCACUUCAUAGCAGAAAUCCGUAAUGACAUACAGACGGCGCUAGGAGCCAGAUCGAGGAUCCCCAAAGAAAAGGGGAAAGGAAAGGCGAAGACAUUGGAUGACCAUGCUGCAGAUGAGCUUCUGAAGUACCUGCAAGGAGAGAUUGCCGAGAGCUUCAGAGAGGGAGCGGAGCUCGAGAAAGAGGAGGUGAAGCAACUAAGAUGGAAAUUCCGACAGUUGGUCAUUACUCAAGUGGACAAAAAUCGUGGGGAAUUAGUACUGAUGUGCCCAUCGACAUAUCAGCAUGCCCUUAAGAAGAUGUUCAUCUAUAACAACGCUUACAUACGCACCAGUGGAGAAGAAACCGAAAUUUUGGCGGGGAUGCGGGCCGAUUACAAAGCAGCAGGAUUGGAGAAGGUGGCUGCUUGGAACGGGAAAGGCCGAAUAGGCAAUGCAUAUGUAUUGCCUAAGCAUAAGGAUCUCAGCAAGUGGAGACCUAUUGCGCCCGCCAAUACGGAACCAACACGGACAGGUAGCAGAAGAUUGGGCAGGGCGCUCAAUGCUUUGCUCGCGCGACUUCCUGCUGCUGAGCAUUUCAACAUAGGUGCGAUAACACAACUGAAGGAAAACCUCAGGAUGAUCGAGGAAAAGCAUGGCUGCAAGAAAGAAAGCGCGAUGAUGGUGCUGCGCAGUUAUGACAUCAAGGAGAUGUUUACUUCGCUACCGCAUGAGGCAAUUGUGGAGGCGGUCGAGUGGUUGCUCAGAGAGUGGGAGAGAAAAGGGAGAACAAAGAUUGUAGGCAUCCCGAUGGGGAAAAACUUUAGCCCGCCGCUGGCAUGCAUCCUCUGCGCAAAAUACGAAACGAAGUUCAUCAGAUCAUUGGGGAAGGAUCGUGCGCUGUUUCACGGAAUCAGGUUCAUGGAUGAUGUGGCGACAACGGUACUCAUGGACAGACGAAGGGAGGAAUCAUUCCACCAGGCAGAGGAGAUCAUGAAGGCUUUCGAAAAUUGCUACGGCGAGAAACUCACACUAUUGAGAACGGAUGUGGGGGACAACACGAUUAACUUCAUUGGUGCUAAGGUCUCGGUAGAGGCCGACCCAGUCAGAUUCAUGGUUGCACCCCAGAUGAAGAACCAAGAUUGGAUCACCGACGGAAUGAUGCCAUUCAAAAGUUUUUAGGACUUUGCGUCCUACUCCAACAAGAGGACGAAGUACGGGGCUAUCAUCGGUAUGUUCCACAGAAUCC